AUGGCUUCGUUGAGGUGCACCCUCGGCCUCCUGAUCGUCCUCGUGGUCUCCGGCUGCUCCUGGGCUGAGGAGAAGGGCCCGUCUGUCUCUGAGCUCCUGUGGAGGGCCAACAAGGACGCUGUGCGUACGGAGGAGGAGCCCUUGGUCGUGGACGACGUUGCCUAUGACAACGAGAGCGAGAGAAACGCCGAUCGCUGCACCUCCCAGGGCUGCAUGUGGAGCAAAUCCGCUGACGGAAAAGUCUACGUGCCCUACGUCAUCGCCACACAUUACUCUUCCCGCGAGCGCUCCAUCAUCGAGCGUGGGCUGCUGUCCUUCCACGACGUCUCCUGCAUUCGCUUCGUCAAAAGAGCCAGCCAGAGGGACUACCUGAGCAUCCGGUCCAACAACGGCUGUUACUCCUACGUCGGCCGCCGCGGUUACGCCCAGACGUUGUCCCUGGACCGCCAGGGCUGCCUCUACCACAGCACCGUCCAGCACGAGCUGCUCCACGCCCUCGGCUUCAACCACGAGCAGUGCCGCUCCGACAGAGACCAGCACAUCCGAAUCCUGUGGGAGAACAUCCAGUCGGGUUGGGAGUACGCCUUCGACAAGAUCAACACUCUGAACCUGAACACCCCCUACGACUACAACUCUGUCAUGCAGUACCACAGGUAUGCCUUCUCCGGGAACAAUAAGCCCACCAUGGUGCCCAUCCCCAACGCUAAUGUUGAAUUCGGCACCGCCACCCAGAUGAGCAAGAAUGACAUCACCAGACUGAACAGGCUGUACAAGUGUUAA